ACUAGAACGAAUUAUUAUACUGUUGAAUUUGUGUUAGUUAAUAUUAUUGUUGAUAAAAUUUGUCUAUUAUUUACUACAUAAAAGUUUUGAAUAAUACCAAACUAAGAUGUGGAGUAAUAAAGUGCUAUGUUUCAGUUUGAUUGUUGCUGUUACGUUUGCAAAUGAAAAUGCUAAAAAUCACGUUGCUUCAAUUUAUAAAAAAUGUCAAGAAGAAGUGAAAUUAUCAAAUGAGGAAAUGCAAGGAUUUCGAUCAAUGGGAAUACCAAAAUCUCAAAACGAAAAAUGCAUGAUGGGUUGCUUAAUGAAAGAAGUAAACGUGAUUAACAAUAAAAAAUUCUCCAUCGAGGGGGCAUCAAAAAUAGCGGAAAAGUAUUACGGAUCAAAUCAACAAUUGAUGCAAAAAGCAAGAGGUAUAAUUGAAACCUGUGCUAAGAAAUCGGAAUCGGCUAGUGAUGAAUGUUCAGUCGCUGGUAUCGUAACUACAUGCAUUGUAGAAGAAGCUGCUAGAGCAGGACUAAGCGGUGGACCAGGAAAUAGUUCAACAUAAAUUAUUUUAAGAGUUGUUAAAAGUAUAUAAAUGAGUGUAAAUGUGAAAUUGAAUUUCUUUAUGGCUAUUAUAAAUAUUUAUAAAAUAUUCUUGUUUUAUUCCUUGUAGUUAAUUUUGUAUGUUUAAUAAAGACAAAAUUUGACUUUAAAGUA